GGACGUGCGUUUGGGGGCCCCGCCCAGCCUUGGUCCUUGCGUUCUUCCGGCUCCGUCGUGGAAGCAGGGCUGCGCCGCGUCUUCCCGAGGAAGGUGCUCCGAGGGACGACCGAGGUGCGGCAAGUGCGAGCGGGAGCGUGGAGACUCAGAGCCCGAGGCACGCGUUUCCCAUUGGUGACAUCUUGGCGGGCCCCGCGGUGGCACUUCCUGCUCUGCACCCCGUGACCCGCGUCCGCCAGCCGCCCUCGGAUCACGCGGCCUUCACUUCCCGGACUCCGGACUCUGCAGCGUCUCCAUACCGACUGCCCGCCCCAGGCGUGGUUGAGAACAAGAUGCACCUGGAUUUUCCCCGGAGGCCUCUGCGUUUGUAAGCUUCGGGUGGAAUUUGAGUCCUUCGGCUUACAGCCGCACUUGAUGAAAAUAGAAAUCUGCUCUACUCUCAGAGGAUAAUUCAUUACUUACCAGACUUGUCUCCCACUGAAGACAUCCUUUUGUGUUUUAAGCCUCAAAAAGCCACAUCCAGGCUUUUCUGACAUCUGCCCUGUCAAGUUUCCAUGAUGCUGGGCCCUGAGGGAGGUGAAGGCUUUGUGGUCAAGCUCCGUGGCCUGCCUUGGUCCUGCUCUAUUGAGGAUGUGCAGAACUUCCUCUCCACCUGCACAAUUCAUGAUGGGGCUGCAGGUGUCCACUUCAUCUACACUAGAGAAGGCAGGCAGAGUGGUGAGGCUUUUGUUGAGCUUGAAUCAGAAGAAGAUGUAAAGAUGGCCCUGAAAAAAGACAGGGAAAGCAUGGGACACCGGUACAUUGAGGUGUUCAAGUCCCACAGAACCGAAAUGGAUUGGGUGUUGAAGCACAGUGGUCCAAACAGCGCUGACAGCGCCAAUGAUGGCUUCGUGCGCCUUCGAGGACUCCCAUUUGGAUGCACAAAGGAAGAAAUUGUUCAGUUCUUCUCAGGGCUAGAAAUCGUGCCAAACGGGAUCACAUUGCCUGUGGACCCGGAAGGCAAGAUUACAGGGGAAGCUUUUGUGCAGUUUGCCUCCCAGGAGUUAGCAGAGAAGGCCCUAGGGAAGCACAAGGAGAGAAUAGGGCACAGGUAUAUUGAAGUGUUCAAGAGCAGUCAGGAGGAAGUCAGGUCCUAUUCAGAUCCCCCUCUGAAGUUCAUGUCCGUGCAGCGGCCGGGGCCCUAUGACCGGCCUGGCACUGCCAGAAGAUAUAUUGGCAUUGUGAAGCAAGCAGGCCUGGAUAGGAUGAGGCCUGGGGCCUACAGUGCAGGCUACGGAGGCUACGAGGAGUACAGUGGCCUCAGUGAUGGCUACGGCUUCACCACCGACAUGUUUGGAAGAGACCUCAGUUAUUGUCUUUCGGGAAUGUAUGACCACAGAUACGGAGACGGCGAGUUCACAGUGCAGAGCACCACUGGGCACUGUGUCCACAUGAGGGGGCUGCCGUACAAGGCCACCGAGAACGACAUUUACAACUUCUUCUCUCCACUCAACCCUGUGAGAGUUCAUAUUGAGAUCGGCCCUGAUGGAAGAGUGACAGGUGAAGCGGAUGUCGAGUUUGCCACCCACGAAGAAGCUGUGGCAGCCAUGUCCAAAGAUAGGGCCAACAUGCAGCACAGAUACAUAGAGUUAUUCUUGAAUUCGACCACGGGGGCCAGCAAUGGGGCUUAUAGCAGCCAGGUGAUGCAAGGCAUGGGGGUGUCAGCAGCCCAGGCCACUUACAGUGGUCUGGAGAGCCAGUCAGUGAGUGGCUGUUACGGGGCCAGCUACAGUGGUCAAAACAGCAUGGCUGGAUACGACUAGUUUUGUAGGAACGUGUGAUUUGUUUGAAUCAAAUUCUCAGAGGCAGCCAACAAGCAGUGACAAGCAGUUAUAACUCUAGAAGAAGCUGUGGGACCCAUUUUUGCACCAUGAGUUUGUGAAAUCUGGAUUAAAAGAUUACCUCUUCAGUGUUUUCUCAUGCAAAGUUUUCUUCUAGCAUGUGAUACUGAGUAAACUAAAACUAUUUUCAGCUUUUCUCAAUUAACAUUUUGGUAGUAGAUUCUGAGUGAUGUUCUCUGAGUUAAAGUAGUUUGAGUAUGUUAAAUGUGGGUCUUUUACACCACAUCGCAGUGAACACCUUGGGGAGAUGGGCUCUUUUGGAAAACUCAAAGGUGCUAGAUCCCCAAUUCAAAGAGAAACAUUUCUCAUGUUUGUUCAUUCUAGUUUAUAUUUUCACUUAAGAUCUUUUAGGUUAAGUUUAAGCUUUUUAAAAGUUAGUUUUGAGAAUUGAGACACAAUACUAAUACUGUAGGAAUUGGUGAGGCCUUGACUUAAACUUUCUUUGUACUGUGCUUUCCUUUUGGGUGUAUUUUGCUAAGUGAAACUUGUUAAAUUUUUUGUUAACUAAAUUUUUUUCUUAAAAUAAAGACUUUUUCACAAUGACUGGCACAGAUUAUCUACUCAGCAAAAGGUAGUAAAGUGGGUGAUCUAAGAUAAUUCUCAAUGUACUUUAGUGUCAAUUUCAAAAAGUUUAGUAUAUCAAAUCUAUGAUUUCCCUUAUUCUUACAAUGAGGCUAAAAUAAAGUCUAAGAAAAAUA